AUGAUAGCUGCUGUGAAAGAGUGGCCGUUUCCACAUAAUAAGAAGCAAUUAAGGAGUUUUCUCGGAUUUUGUUCUUAUUACAGGAAAUUUGUUAAAGGAUUUUCUUCUUUAGCCAAACCUUUAUACGCUCUUACGGAAAAUCGAGUUCCUUUUGUUUGGGAAAAAAAUUGUCUUCUCGCGUUUGAAGAAUUGAAACGAAAAAAGUUUAUAAUUCGAACGGACCAUGUUUCUUUAAAAUGGUUGUUGUCUUUCAGAGAUUUAGAAGGACAGUUAGGACGUUGGCUGGAAAAACUUCAGCAAUAUGAAUUUGAGGUUCAUCACCGAAAAGGUUUGAUUCAUAAAAAUGCUGACGGACUCUCUAGACGUCUGUGUAAAACGAACGGAUAUGGCUAUUGUUCCAGAGUGGAGGAGAAGAAUGCAAGGGAGAAGGAAAUUACUAUUGCCCGAAUUUCUCUUUCUGAAGGCCUUUUAGAGAAUUGGCGUAAAGAGCAGAGGGAAGAUCCGACCAUCUCUAUCUUUUGCUCAGCCAAGGAGGCAGGAAUGCGUCCAGUACGUUCCGAGUUGGCGGACGGAGACGUUUCUGCCCUUAUUUAUUGGAGUUACUGGGACGCUUUGAGCUUGAAGAAUGGGAUUUUGUAUAGAAGGUGGACAGCUCCUGAUCUUAGAUCCAACAUUCUUCAACUAAUUCUUCCUCGGAAGUUCGUAACACAGGUUUUGAAGGAAGCUUAUGACUCUUCGUCGGGGGGGCAUUUUGGUGUUAACAAAACUUUAGAGAGAAUUCAAAAACGAUUUUUCUGGGCAACGUGCAAACAGGAUAGAAUCAAAAAGAUUGGGAUCGUUGGAUUCCCAUGUUUCUUCUGGCUUAUAGGUCUGCGAAACAUGAGACUACUGGUAUUUUCUCCUGCGGAGAUGUAUUUUGCGCGAGAUUUAAAAUUACCUUUGGAUCUUUUUCGAAGGAGUCCUCCGGAAUUUAAUGAGGAUACGCAAUUUUCUAAAGAUUAUGUGGGAGAUUUAAGAUUAAAAUUAAGGGAAUUACAUGCCGUUGUUAAAAAACGAAUGGACAUCAAAUCUUCUCGUGUGAAAGCUUGGUAUGACAGGAAAGCCAGGCUUGUUCUUUUCCAGGAAGGGCAGAAAGUUUGGUUGUGUGAUCCUCGAAGAAGUAGGGGAAAAACUCCCAAAGUACAAAACAGUUGGGAAAGUCCUUACUUGGUAAUUAAGAAGCUCAGUGAUGUCGUGUACUGUAUUCAAAAGUCUUCUAGACAUAGAAAAAAAGUGGGAAAAAAGAAAAGGGAACUUGAAUCUGGAAAGUCAAGAAAACUUAAUUUUGGCGAAGUGUUCUGUUGCUGGGAACUCUACUAG